CUCUCUACCCCCCGAGAUCUGCACUCACUCCCACUCUCUCUCUAUCCUCUGCUCUCUCUCUCUCUCUCACCUCAUUUUCUAUUAACUGACCUUUAUUUAUAUACCCAUUCUUAUUUGGGCAUCUUUCAAUCACAAUCUUCUGUCUUCAGAUCCAAAUUCAGAUCCGACCCAUUUCUCAGCAGAAUUUACUUCAUAUUGGGUAGUUUCUGUUUAAUUUUAUCAGAUCUUGGGGUCUAUGAGAGAAAGGCAAUAGAGUUUUAAUUACACUGAUAUACUCUCCUAUAGCGUGAAGUAUUGGAUGUGGUUGUAGUUGAAUUUAUCUUAGGAUUUUGUUAGUUUCCACAAAUAUGAGGGGGAGAGCAGAUGGAGGUCAAAAGAAGAACUUGGUGCCAUGGAUUUGUGCUGCUGUGCUCUUUAUAGUCUUUUUAUUCGUUUAUUAUGGAUCUUUCUUCGACCCUCAAGGACAGCAUGCUAGUACCGCUUUAGAGUAUGGUAGUAGAUUUUCUAGGUCUCUCGGUUUCAACAUUGAUGAUGAUGGAGAAGUUGCUCAAACAAACGAGUCCAUUUUUGGAGAAGAGGGCGAUAGCGUUGCGCUCAAGAGCAUUCCAGUUUGUGAUGAUCGCCAUUCAGAGUUAAUUCCUUGCCUUGAUAGGCAUCUGAUUUAUCAGUUGAGAUUGAAAUUAGAUUUGUCUUUGAUGGAGCAUUAUGAGAGACAUUGCCCCCCACCUGAGAGACGUUACAAUUGCUUGAUCCCUCCGCCUCCUGGUUAUAAGGUUCCUAUAAAGUGGCCAAAAAGCCGAGAUGAAGUGUGGCAAGCUAACAUACCACACACUCACCUUGCGCACGAGAAGUCUGAUCAGAGGUGGAUGGUUGUGAAAGGUGACAAGAUUGAGUUUCCUGGAGGUGGCACCCAUUUUCAUUAUGGAGCUGAUAAAUAUAUAGCUGCACUUGCAAAUAUGCUGAAUUUUUCGAAUAAUAACUUAAACAACGAGGGAAAUCUCCGUACUGUUUUUGAUGUUGGGUGUGGAGUUGCAAGCUUUGGAGGAUACCUACUUUCAUCCGAUAUUGUAGCAAUGUCACUAGCACCAAAUGAUGUUCAUCAGAACCAGAUUCAGUUUGCUCUUGAAAGAGGAAUCCCUGCUUAUCUCGGUGUCUUGGGGACUAAGAGACUUCCUUAUCCUAGUAGAUCCUUUGAACUUGCUCAUUGUUCUCGUUGUAGGAUUGAUUGGCUUCAAAGAGACGGAAUUCUUCUGCUUGAGUUAGAUAGAGUGCUAAGGCCUGGGGGCUACUUUGCUUAUUCGUCUCCCGAAGCAUAUGCACAAGAUGAAGAAGAUCUAAGAAUUUGGAAAGAGAUGAGUGCUCUUGUUGAGAGAAUGUGCUGGAAAAUUGCAGCAAAAAGGAACCAAACUGUUAUUUGGGUAAAACCUUUGACUAAUGAUUGUUACUAUAAUAGGGAACCUGGAACCCAACCUCCAAUGUGCAGCUCUCGUGAUGAUCCAGACGCAGUUUGGGGUGUUCCAAUGAAAGCAUGUAUUACUCCUUACUCUGAACAGAAUCACAGAGAUCAGGGCAGUGGAUUGGUUCCAUGGCCAGCUCGGUUGACUACCCCUCCUCCUCGGCUAGCUGAUUUUGAUUAUACAACUGAGAUGUUCGAAAAGGACACGGAAACUUGGCAGCAGAGAGUUGAGAACUACUGGAAGCUAUUGAGUCGAAAGAUCAAACCAAACACAAUAAGGAACAUAAUGGACAUGAGGGCAAACCUGGGAUCAUUUGCAGCUGCUCUCAAAGACAGAGAUGUAUGGGUGAUGAAUGUCGUGCCUGAAGAUGGACCGAACACGCUAAAGAUAGUUUAUGAUAGGGGUCUAAUUGGAAGUAUACAUGACUGGUGUGAGGCAUACUCAACCUAUCCUCGAACUUAUGAUCUUCUCCAUGCUUGGACCGUCUUCUCUGGGAUUGAGAAGAAAGGAUGCAGUGCUGAGGACCUCCUCAUUGAGAUGGACAGGAUUCUUCGUCCAACUGGUUUUGUAAUUGUUCGCGACACAAAAAUAGUCAUAGAUUUCAUCAAGAAACACUUGAAAGCUCUUCAUUGGGAGGAGGUGGCACGAGUGGAUGCUGAGCCUAAUGAAGAUGAUACACAAGAUGGUGAUGUGAUUCUCGUGAUUCGGAAGAAGAUGUGGCUUGUAGAUGAUAUCCUCAAGGAUUCAGAUUAAGAUGUUUUUUUGGUUGCUUUUGAUCAAUUUUCUCAUAGAUUAAAGUUGUUUGUUAGAUUGUAUUUCUUGAUUUCUAAAGUUGUUAUGUGAUUCUUAUAGCUAAAAGGCUUUAAUAUUCUUUUGCUUUUUGAGAUUGUUUUUGUUUAGUUUGUUCACAGAUGUUUGAAUGGACACUGCAAAAUAAUGAAACUAAUUGUUGCUCAGUUAUGAAUGUAUCAGGCGAAUUAUAUUU